ACCGGCUUACAAGCGAAGCAACCAACAUCUUUACUUAAGUGAGAACGGAAUGAAUAUAACGUCAAACGAAUCAGUCGCACCGACUGCUUUCACAACAAGCGCAGCCACUAUGGAAGAUGCAGCUCGAGAAUGGGUCGGUCGCGUCGCGGGCAUCGUGACCAUGGCCAGCUUCGUCGGCAGCCUGUCGAUGUCCUGGCGGGUCUGGCGAUCCGGAAACACGGUCGGCGUCGCCUUCUCGCCCCUGGCCGCGGCCGCCAUCUGCCUGCACGCCUGGCUCCUCUACGGAAGAGCCAUCGGCGACCCCAACGUGGUGUGGGUGAACACCUGCGGUCUCGUCCUCAUGCUGGUCAACGCGUUCGUGCACCGCCUCUACUCCCGGGACCGAGGGCCCGGCGUGGCCCUGCUGGCGACUCUCGCGGCGAUGCAGAUCGCGUCGCCCAUGAUGAGCGUGACGUGGUUGGGCAACCUCGCGUUCGUCACCACCGUGGCCUGCAACGCGGCGCCGAUCGCCCGCAUCAGGACGGUCCCGCUGCCGGAGAUCGCCGCUUGGACGCUGACCGCCUGCGGUCUCUGGACCGCGUACGGGGCGCUCGCCCGGGACGCGCCGCUGUUCGCGAGCAACCUGGUCGGCACCGUGUUCGCCGCGAUCGAGCUGGGCGUGGCCGCGUGGAGACGGUGCCGAGGCGACGUGGACGUGCCCGCGCAAGUGGUGUGACGCGUUGCCCGAGAGCACGUGACUUGGUGCUCUUGAAGGCGCCAGAACAGCAUGCAUCCCGGCCUUUGCAGCACGCACCUACUGUAUGUGUCUCCGAGAACUAUAUACUUCAGCCAGGAUUCCUCGGUUGAACCGUGCACUUUCAGCGUCGCAUUUGCCCUCGAUCGGACGCGUUUACAUAGGAGAAUGGCGCUUUGGAAUCUCCGGAUAUGACACACAAGAGUCUUGACACAAACGGUUAAACGUAUGACGCACAAGAAGCAUCAGACAAGCAGCCUCACGAACUUGCUGUACUAUGCAGGAGUCUUGAAGCUGAAGUAGAGCAUAUUGGCUAAUUACAAUAAUAUUUGUGUGUUUUACUACACAACGCAGUGUCGCAAAGAUGUCAACAGUAUAUUCCUUGCUCCCGUGUGUCUUCGGCAUUGUGUAAACUGUAAUCCGUACAUAGCUGAAACUCUCUGAAAUGCCUUUUGUGUGUGUGUGUGUGUUACGGUAGCGCGAAGUUGCUGCGAAUAGCGGAUUUUCCUCAAGAACUUUGGUCAGCCAACCUGACAUGGCCGAAAGUUUCCAGCGUGUGCGUAGACGCUUGCAUGCGAAUAUAGUUAGCCAUACAUCUAUCGACGCCUAUUCUCGACAAGUGUGUGUAUUCUGGGCGAUGGUUUUAUUGUAAAUAAAUGACUUCGAAUGUU